UUUCAAAUUAGAUGGCAAAGUACAUUUUACUUUUUAUAGAUUUAACAUACAUACAUAAUUUAUUCUGAUAAACCGAUUUAAUUCCUAUUUGCUUCGUGUUCAAAACUACAAAAAAAAUAAAAAUAAAAAAAGACAUAGUCAUUGUUUCGAUAGAUUUAUAUGAGAAUUUCCAUCUUAACUCAACAUAAAAAGAAAAAGAAAAACAUUAGAAUAAAGUGAAGGUUAUGACUUCCAUACGUUAUGACUUCCCAUACGUUUAGUCAAACAAAAUUCACACCUGUACCGCCGGAAAGAGGAAGCUUUCCUUUAGACCACGAAAGCUUGUGCAAAAAAUAUUACUUACUUUAUAUGAGUUGCCUAAACCGCAACGAGGAUCAAAAUUCCAAGUGCCGACAAGAAGCCAAAGAAUAUCUUGGCUGCCGUAUGGAAAAUCAAUUAAUGGAAGCAACACCUUGGUCGAAAUUGGGCUUUGAACAACAAAAGGAAAAGACUGCUAAAUCGACCCAAGAACAAUAACGUUUCCAUAAUGAAGUCUACA